AUGCACAACGGCGACGAACGACGGGUAGCACACCCGGAUGCUCAGUAUUGGAUUUCCCAUCUUAAGCUCCAGCCUCACCCGGAGGGUGGAUUUUUUCGCGAAGUCAGCGUGUCUAACUACAUUGUCGCUAAUCAGCAUAACAAGCAUCGCUUCGCUUACACCACAAUUUACUUUAUGAUUACCGGCAAAAGCCCUUCACAUUUUCACCGCCUGUGCUCGGACGAGAUGUGGGCUUGGCACGCCGGUGACCCACUCGAAGUGCAUGUCAUCUACCAAAAUGAGGACGAUGACGAUCUUAUCACCUUACAAGAGGGCAACACGGCUGUGGAGGUGCCGAAACUAGACCCAGAGCACAUGCCAGCGAACACUUCGUUUAUUCCUCCGCAUGUGCAGGGACGGCGGGAGGCAUGCGCGAAGGAAGGCUCCAAUGACGCCUAUCGGCGGUAUCGCUGUGUAAAAAUAGGACCCCGCGUCGAACGAGGCGAGUGCUUGCAGUACACCGUACCUGCCGGGGCAAUCUUUGGGAGUGUACUCGCACCGGGUGGCGAAGCGGGGUACUCGCUUCUCAGCUGUGUGGUGAGCCCUGGUUUCGACUAUCGCGAUUUUGAGCUGUUCACGCAAGAGCAGCUCAUGGUUUUGUGUCCCCAACACGAAGAGAUAAUUCGGAAAUUGGCGUACGAGGCUCUUCCGUCAGCUUGA